GACGGCAGCGCCGCGCUGCUCUUGGAGAGGUCACUGCGGAGACACGGGCUAGGUUUUGGGGCGUGCAGGGGUGGGGGGCCUGCGGCACUAUGUGGCGCCUCUGUGCGCGACGAGCCCAGAGUGCAGCCCCGAAGGUGGGACUUGGGGCUCGCUGGACGGCCUUGAGAGAGGGACCCGCGGCUCCGAGCGCGAGCCGGCGAGCUGGCCCCGCUCUGGUCCGUUGCCGCAGCACGACCACCGGGAAUGGCGGGGUCCGGGCCCUGUGUCGCUGGGGCCCCAGCUCCGGGCCCGCUCCUCGCCAUCGCCUGCUGCUGCUGCAGCUUUUGGGAUCUCCAGGCCGCCGCUGCUACAGUCUGCCCCCGCAUCAGAAGGUUCCGUUGCCUUCCCUUUCCCCGACUAUGCAGGCAGGCACCAUAGCCCGUUGGGAAAAAAAAGAAGGGGAGAAAAUCAAUGAGGGAGACCUCAUUGCAGAGGUUGAAACAGAUAAAGCCACUGUUGGGUUUGAGAGCCUGGAAGAGUGCUAUAUGGCAAAGAUACUUGUUGCUGAAGGUACCAGGGAUGUGCCUGUUGGAGCCAUCAUCUGUGUCACAGUUGGAAAGCCGGAGGACAUUGAGGCCUUUAAAAACUAUACAUUGGAUUCCUCAGCAGCACCUACGCCACAGGCAGCCCCAACUCCAUCUCCAGCGGCUGCCUCGGCCCCUGCACCUUCUGCUCAGGCUCCUGGCAGUUCAUAUCCAACUCAUAUGCAGGUGCUUCUUCCAGCCCUCUCUCCCACCAUGACCAUGGGCACAGUUCAAAGAUGGGAGAAAAAAGUGGGUGAGAAGCUAAGUGAAGGAGACUUACUGGCAGAGAUAGAGACGGACAAGGCCACUAUAGGUUUUGAAGUACAGGAAGAAGGUUAUCUGGCAAAAAUCCUGGUUCCUGAAGGCACAAGAGAUGUUCCUCUAGGAACCCCACUUUGUAUCAUUGUAGAAAAAGAGGCAGAUAUAGCAGCAUUUGCCGACUAUAGACCAACUGGAGUAACUGACUUAAAACCACAAGCACCACCACCUGUCUCACCCCCGGUCGCCAGUGUUCCUCCAGCUCCUCAGCCGUUAGCCUCUACACCCUCAGCCUCUCCUGCUGGGCUAGCUGCUCCUUCUGGACCAAAGGGAAGGAUAUUUGUUAGCCCUCUUGCAAAGAAGUUGGCAGCAGAAAAAGGGAUUGACCUUUCACAAGUAAAAGGGACGGGACCAGAGGGCAGAAUCAUCAAGAAGGACAUCGACUCUUUUGUGCCUUCUAAAGCUGUUCCUGCCGCAGCAGCUGCUAUGGCUCCCCCAUGUCCAGGAGUGGCACCAGUCCCUACGGGGGUCUACACAGAUAUCCCAAUCAGCAACAUUCGUCGAGUUAUUGCACAGAGGUUAAUGCAGUCGAAGCAAACUAUACCUCAUUAUUACCUUUCUAUUGAUGUAAAUAUGGGAGAAGUUUUGUUGGUACGGAAAGAACUUAAUAAGAUCUUAGAAGGGAAAACCAAAAUUUCUGUCAAUGACUUCAUCAUAAAAGCUUCAGCUUUGGCAUGUUUAAAAGUUCCUGAAGCAAAUUCUUCAUGGAUGGACACAGUUAUAAGACAAAAUCAUGUUGUUGAUGUCAGUGUUGCAGUCAGUACUCCUGUAGGCCUCAUCACACCCAUUGUGUUUAAUGCACACGUGAAAGGACUGGAAACCAUCGCUACUGAUGUUGUUUCUUUAGCAACCAAAGCAAGAGAGGGUAAACUGCAGCCACACGAGUUCCAGGGUGGAACUUUUACCAUCUCCAAUUUAGGAAUGUUUGGAAUUAAAAAUUUCUCUGCCAUUAUUAACCCACCUCAAGCGUGCAUUUUGGCAAUUGGUGCUUCAGAGGAUAAACUAGUUCCAGCAGACAAUGAAAAAGGAUUUGAUGUGGCUAGCAUGAUGUCUGUUACACUCAGCUGUGAUCAUCGAGUUGUGGAUGGAGCAGUUGGAGCCCAGUGGCUUGCUGAGUUUAGAAAAUACCUGGAAAAACCUGUAACCAUGUUGUUAUAAUGUACUGAAGAACUUCUAGACUCCCAGGUCACUUUGGUUCAUUCUUAUCAAGAUAUUUAUAUGUUAUUAAACAGGUGGUUCUUUGAAAGUUUAAAACUAGUUAUUUUUAUUAUUGAAUCUGUCCAUAUGAGUUAUUUGUAAUGGGCAUUAUAGAAUUUUUUUUAAAUGUCAGUUAGAUCCAAAUAUUGUGUAUAUUUAAUAAUAUCAGAUUUUCAGCUGUGCACUCCUACUCAACACAUGGUCUCAUUCUUUGCAUAACCAUUACUUGUGCUAGGAUACAGAAUAGAGAGGGUUGUGGCUCACUAGAGAUCGGUAUAUGAAGGUAACCGGAUGUAGGGAACCUUGCAUUUCAAAUUGCAUACAGGUGAGGGUGGGGGGGGUUAAAAAAUUAUUUCUCUUGGGGGGGUUGGUGGGUAGGGUUUGAAAAUUUACUUUGGAAUUUAACCCUGAUUUUUUUAUUACAUGAUUGUGUUUUGUCACACAUGGAAAUGGUAGACACUUUUAAGGUCCACAUUUUCCUAGGCUUUUUCAACCUGUCCUUAUUUUAUUUUUUUAAUGAAUCUAAAUAAAUGAUUGUUUUCCUUCUUAAGAUAAAGACAAAUGAAAAGUGGAGGUGUGGCUCAAGUAGAGUGCCAGCCUUGAGAGAGAACACUAAGGGCUCGAGGCCCUGAAUUCAAACCCCAGGAUUGGCACCAACAAAAAGAGAUAACACAAAUUAAGUCCACUUCUUGAUAGAACAACUUAUAUGUUUAUUUAAACAGCUUAAGUGUGUGAUUCUAAGGGCACUCUACAGUUACUUCCAAAUACAAGAACAUGUUGACAAUAUAAGAGAAGUUGUGGGACUAGAAGUUUCCAAGAUUGAUUGAACAUAAGCUGUAAAUGACCUAACUGGAAUUUAUUACUUAUAUAAACAGAGAACUCUAUGUGGGAUAUGUAUGGAAUAAAUGUACAUAAUGUAACAUAGGAUUACUAGACUAGGUUAUGUGCCAAAGUCUUAUUUAGCACCAAAUCCUGUUGGAAGAGGAGAGAAGCAGGGAACACUGGUGAAUGGUUUGGAAUUCUAACACAGGACCCCCAAGCCAGGCACCAGCACAUGUCGUCCUGGCUCCUGACGAGCUGGCUGGAGUCCGGAGGAUCUGGGGCACGGAUGCCCGAGGCCGGCCCGGGCAAGACAGCAAAACUCCAGCUCAAACGCAAAACAAGCAAUGAAAACAAAAGAUGCCCCAAACAAAAUGGCAAUUCUUAAAAAGAGUGAAAAGUACAUACAAGAAGCGUUCUGUUUCUCUACACAAGCAUUGCCUUAAGUAAAAUGAGAUAUCCCUCAAAUCCUGUUGGAAAGACAAACUUUUUUCCAUGUUAUUGUUUGCCGUUUAGAGGAAUGAAGGAGGUGAUAUUCAGGAUAAUAAAAAUGAACUGGGAACAUUAUCACAACUCCAGACUUUCUACUGAGCUGAUAUGUUUUAAUGUUUGGGAUUAUUUAUGACUAUUUCAAAUAAACCUGACCCAUGCUUCCUUGUACAUGUACUGUGUGGAGCUGUCCUCUGAACUUGCUUUAAGUCAAACUUUCUACAUGUUCAUUCUCCCAUGUUCCACUCCUGUCUGCCAACAGCUUGCCGCGUGAUGAACAACUCAGAACAUUGGUCUGAUUUUUUGGCAGUUAGUAUUUUCAGCUUGAACUGGAGAUUAUGCAAAAA